CGACAGUCUUUUAAUAUAAUAAUAAUGUGCUCCAUGCAUGCAUGCAUCAUUAUUAUCGCCCUGCUCCGAAUUAUGAUUGUCCCUUCUCUCCCUUCCCACUGCAAGCGCGAUCCACUAUUGCGGAACCUCUUGACAGCCGCGGCCUUGCAUCCACGUUUACGUUUGGUAUCUGCAUCCAUGCUUCAGAUAUCUCGUGAUGGGAUUCAGGAUGUGACCAUAUUCGUUACUCAGAAGCCACCUCCUUUCAUAGUCCAAAAGAAGAAGAGCAUCUCAUCCUUUUUAAGAGGGCUAUCACCGUCAUUCUUAAUUGCCUUUUGACACCUAUAUAUAUUGUUUCCCCUCCAACAUAUCCAUCUUGUUCUGUCCAUUUAGACAGGAGCUAAGUCAUUUCCAACCACACUACUUCCUUUAAAGCGUCUGAGAUGUGCAACUUCUUCAAAAACUUCUACAUCUACAGCUCUUGUCGCGAUCCGGGGGCUCACUUCUUCCGUACGGCCUUGGACGGCUCCAAGGAGCAUCGAUGCCCAAAUAGCCCGCAUGACAGGUUCAUUAUCGUCAUCGGGAAAUGUCGCUUGUGUUCUCGCUGAUUCUGCUUGUCUUUUUUGCCUCAACCUCAUCGGUCAAUUCAAUGGCAACCUUUUCAACUUACCCGAAUGAAACACGCUGGUAUUCGUGAUGACGACCUCCGCUUCUCUUUGAUUGACCACCGAUCCUCUCUACGUCAGCGUCUGCUUCAAUUUUUAGCGUUCGAUAGACUCAAAUUUCUCAUCGUCACUACACAUUGUUGCGUCCGGGUAUCGAUCCUUCAGCGCUGCGAAUGAUUUCUUUUUUGGGUACAAUUAGGUUGAUUUCUGCGUGGUACAGCAUGGCGUUCCAGGGAUGAUUUUUUUGGGAUAGCGUUUGGGCCGCUUGUAUAGAACAGGGAGUCAGGUUUCAUGUUUGGAUUCAGUCUGGGGUUGUUUCGCUGUGUUUUGGUUAUGAGCGGAUGGGAAAAAGCAUAAUUAACAGGUUGUACUGACUUCAGCCGAAGCGGAAUUUAGUCCGUGCCUUCACAUGCUUUUCUGUUUUUGUUUUGCUACCUAAGGGGAAAUAGCCUAGAUCAGAGGCCAAAAAGGAGCUCUUGCAGCAAAUAGGAGUCUUGUUUUUCACGGGAAAACAGUAGAAAAAUAUUAACAGAGACAAAUAAGGACAUAGGAAAAAUCGACAUUGACUCCUUGGUUAAUUCCGAAUGGCGCUUUGACCUGAAAGUCUAUAUAUCCAAGGCAGAAAAUGGCGGCCUAUCAUCCGGGAAAAAAACAGCGCAAAGGCCCCCUUCGCAUUUAAUUGACAUGGCCAUUAAUUAAAACGAUGGGCAACGGAAGACUUUAUAUAGGGUGGUCUGAGUGGUUGAAAGUCCGAGCUCGUUUGAAUUUGUCCUGCAAGAUGAAUGAUUAUUAUCUAUUUAGUAUUUACUCCUCCGUACGCCCUGAGGGCGCAUUAUUACCGAAGAAGGGAAUUUACACCCAACCUAUUAGAUCUUCCUGAUAGACACCCAUCAAAUAUGAUAUUAUCCUUCCCCGGCUAUGUAGUAUGUACCAAACAGCCAAGAGACAGUUCACAUGCAAAGAGCGUUGUACCAUCGCUAAUGGAUAUGUACCCUUUUCAAGCUGCCCCCGCCUUGUCUUGUCUUGGGUUCCAUUGAUACCCGCCAUGGCAUGUAUUUCUAUAAUUUAUAGGAACAUUGACCAUAGGGGAAGGAGCGGAUUAACCGGCUUGGUUCUGUCAUUGUCUGGGCCCUUUUGGGCUUUUUUUGGGAUGAGUUUAUUCCCUGUAAUACGUCACUGACGGAGACCCUAUUUAAAAGUUAAAAAAAAUAACUAAAUUAACAAAACAAGAAUAUCAACCCACCGCUGGGAGUAUUAUUAAUAAAUAAACACAGACAAAUGUUCAGUACAAUAGAGCUGCACAUAGGUGAUUCUCUGGCAAAGCUCCCCAGAUUAUUAACCAGAGAGACAGAUCAUCCUAGCGGAUAUAUC